CCAAUCGCUGUAUCUUUCUAGAUCUCAUAUAAUAUUUUUGGACACACUGUACACUCAUGCAUUUUCCCGAUUCGCCAAAUAUGCCUCUCGCUUUCCUGCAUUUCCGUCUCUCUUUCCCUACCUCGCUUACUUAUAUUGGUGUUUUGUCGCGCGUCUAUGCAUUAGGCUACGCCUUGGAAUUGAAUCGCAUUCGUUUUUAAAUAAGUUGGUCACGGGAAUUUGAGAGAUUGCCGGAUAUUUGCUUGGCAUGCCGCACACAAACAUGAGACUUUACACCUUGUUCCGGGUUAGUGGCACCCUACAACAAGGUAGCUCGACUGCCUCUUCGUAUCAGUCGUGAGGCUAUCUCGAUGCCCUUGUCAUGUCCUCUGCAUCCCUUCCAGUUCAAUCAGAUUCUUUGGUGACACCUCCAAUUGACACGCAACGCGGCCAUGCGUUCCCACAUUCAUUGACUUCUUCACAUCUCUCGAUAAAGCGGAACUCUGUUGUGGACCCUACCCAAAUGGCGAAUUCUGGUCACGGUAUAGACGGAGCUGUCCUGGAUAUCACACGAACGGAUUCGAAGUGUGAAGAUACAGGCGAGGAGCUGCGAUUUCCGAGGGAGACAUCAUUUGACGGACCCCUUCCGAGCCCGCCUUUAACCAGGACUAAUACAAAAGAGAGUGUUACCCAGCCAUACCAGGAGAAGACCCUUGCUACUGAGAACCAGGAUUCGAAGGCCAGGGAAAAGGACUCAGUCUGGCAUCCAUUGCAAUUCAGCGACCCUGCAGACCAAACUCAGGAUACCACCGUUGUUGACUUGGGCGAUUCUAUAGUCGACGCCAAUGGCCGCCUGGUGUUCCCUGAUGGAAUGAACAAAAACUCGCCCCCUCCUUUUCCUCGCGGAUCCGUUCAUCCCAUUGACACACAAAAACCGCAUUCCCCGCAGCCAUGGGAGCUUGUUGAUCCUCCUCCUUCAAAUGGUCACAAGCCUUCGCAGUAUGGGACGGUGUCAAACAAGUUCAGCACCCUGCAGGGUACCUCGUACGCUUUUUUUCUUGUUCACAACGUUGCCAUGUCGCUUAUUGGUCCCUGUAGACACCGCCGGCCUUUGAUACCCAAAUCGUCGUAUUACUUCGGGCCUCCGCCUCCGGACGCGGCGUUUGGUACACCACCAAUGGGUCAAAUCGGUGUUCAUCAUCCUCGGGAAGUCAUUCGGAUCGAGCGGGAUUAUACGGGCGGAGAGUUGAUACAAUUUGCUCCGAUCUAUCCGCUGGAGCUGGAAGGACGGAUAACACCAACACAUAUUCGGCGUUCGAUGGUUGACAAUGUGCUUGCGGUCGUCACGUUGUACCUGUCAAGACUGAUCAUCACUUCGCACUACGAGAAGGAGAUGAAACGGCUUAGGCUGCUUUUUGAUGAACUCAAUACCGGACUAUAUAAUCCUGCUGGCCUGAAUCUUCUUUGGCCCAGCAAGGUGGCUUUUUUAUACAUGGAGAUCGAAUACUACUGAUACCAAUCGUGUUCCGUCCGACUCGUCUUAUUUUUAUUGCUUUUUGCGGAUGCAUCUCUUAGAUCCUUUUCACAUCUGUAUUUGACAAU